AUGAAAAAUCUCAUAGCCCUCCUGUUAAUCUUACUUUUCGCGCUAUUGGUCGAUCAUUCUCACCAGUUCAGUCGGCAUCGAGCUCUCUCACAAUUUUUGGCCAGAAGGAGAUCUGCAGUGGAAAGCCCAACGCAUGAAUGGAUUGCUCCUUCUGUUAACUUCGAUCACAUUUAUCCUCAAGAUGGAUUGCAGGAGAAUGACAAGAUAACUUCUCUGCCCGGCCAGCCAUCAAAUGUAACGUUUGCACAGUAUUCAGGAUAUGUCACGGUGGAUUCAAAGGCUGGCAGAGCUCUCUUUUACUAUUUUGCAGAAGCUACCCAAGACCCAUCUUCUAAACCUCUCCUCCUCUGGCUCAAUGGAGGACCAGGAUGCUCAUCGUUUGGAUUUUGGGCAAUGACAGAGCUUGGACCCUUUCGCGUUCAGCGUGAUAACACCACUCUUACUAGUAAUCCCUAUGCGUGGAACCAAGUGGCGAACACCUUGUUUUUGGAUUCACCUGCCGGUGUUGGAUUUUCUUACUCAAAUACCACCUCUGAUUAUGAUAACGCCAAUGAUUUAAACACUGCUAGAGAUGCGUACACAUUUCUACUGAAUUGGUUUGAAAGGUUUCCGCAAUAUAAGAACAGAGAAUUCUAUAUCGCAGGAGAAAGCUACGCUGGGUUUUAUGUCCCUGAAUUGGCAGACACAAUUCUUAAGAACAAUAACUCUCAAACGCCUUUUGUAAAUCUCAAAGGAGUUAUGAUUGGAAAUGGAUUAAUGAACUUUGAGAUGGAUCAUUGCGGGAUGGUUGACUAUCUAUGGUCACACGCAUUAAUGUCAGACGAAGACUAUGCAAAUGAGCGUUGUAUUGCAUCUAAUUCAAGCUAUCAAACUCAAAGUCGCACAAUUCAGUCACAACCAAAAUCAGAUUGGGGAGAGAUAAACAUCUAUAAUAUAUAUGCACCACUUUGUCCUUCCCAUCCUAACCCCAUAUGGAAAUAUUCAACUUUAGGAUCUUCUACUUUCACUAUUGAUGCAUCUAUGGAUGGAUUAGAUGGAUUUGAUCCAUGUACUCCUGCUUAUGUACAAACAUAUCUUAACACGCAUGUAGUGCAAAAUGCUCUGCAUGCAAAUGUGACAAGCUUGCCUUAUGCAUGGGAUGAGUGCAAUUUUGAAAUAAAUAAAAAUUACAACAUCUCUGUAAUCACAAUGCUCCCAAUAUAUCAAAGAAUGAUGACAUCAAGACUGAGAAUACUAGUCUACAGUGGCGAUGUAGAUGCAUCAGUCCCAGUGACUGGUACACGAUAUUCUAUUAAUGCAUUAAAGCUUCCAAUUGAGAAAGAAUGGUAUCCAUGGAUGAAUGGAGAUAUUGAAGUGGGGGGUUAUAGUGUCAUUUACAAAGGCUUGAUAUUUGCAACUGUAAGAGGAGCGGGACAUGAAGUACCUAGCUAUCAACCAUCUAGAGCCUUGACCAUGACCAAAUACUUUUUAGCUAACAAGCCUCUACCAUCGUAG